AUGCCGCCCGCCGCGACGGAAAAUGUUGCAGCUACCAAGGUUGAAGCAGAGCCAUGUCUCAACACAAUGCCUCCCUCAAGCUUCAGUUGGCAAAUCACCCUCGCGGAUAAAGCAAUCGCAAUUACGGGCGCUAACUGCGGAAUCGGCCUGGGAAUUGCGGAAGUAUGCCUCGCGAACUCAGCAAAGUUCAUAUACUACCUGGACCUGAUGGAACCUGGUGAGGACUUUGCAGCACUACGGAAGCGAUGCAGCAACCUACGGUACAUUCAACCCGAUGUGACAAGCGAGGGAAGUAUUAAGAAGGCUAUCAAUCAAGUUGUUGAGGAGGCGGGUCGGAUAGAUGGCUUGGUGGCUAACGCUGGUAUGACCAAGCAUCAGCCUGCGCUCAAGUUUGAUCGUGAGCAGUUGGACCAACUAUUCAAUCUUAAUGUAUUUGGUGCAUACUUCUGUGCUCAGAUCGUCGCACGCAAAUUUAUCGAGCUCGGAGUCAAGGGGUCGAUUGUCAUGACUUCUACAAAGAAUACUGGUAAUCACUACUUUCAGGCUGCUCCUUCUGCCCCAUACGGUGCAACCAAAGCUGCAGUUCGUAAUAUGUGCCACACUCUGGCCAUGGAGUGGAGCAAACAUGGUAUUCGCGUCAACAGCAUUUCUCCAGGCUUCGUUCGAACCGCAAUGGCAUACUAUGUUGCGAAGUCCCCAGACUGGGAUCUCAAGAUGCAAUACUACGGCGGUAUGCCUUGUCUAGCUGAUCCGAAGGAGCUUGGUGGUGCGUACGCGUAUCUACUCAGCGACUCCAGCUCCUACACAACUGGAAUUGACAUUCCGAUCGCUGGUCUUGUGGGAGCUUGGUGA